AUGCCUAAAGAUUCUCAAAACAAAAAUUUUAGCUCUUUCAUGCCAUAUUUCAUUCGAAACGGAAGUUUCAAUUCGAUAGAUCUUGAUAAAAUUGACGUGCCAUAUCCACUGGAUGAAAAUCUUGUCAGCGUGUUAAAAAACAAUUUGAAUGACCCAUCAAAGAAGACGCCAAAUAGUUUUAUAUUGUACCGAAAGGCAUUUAAGGAGAUUUCAAUAUAUCAUGGAUUUCGUCUUAGUGCAAGCGAAAUAUCUCGACAGGCAUCGAAAAACUGGAAGUCCCUUGCCGAUCCGGUUAAGCAAGAAUAUAAAAAAAUUGCUGAAGAGUUCCGCGAAAACACCGAAAAGCAUGCGAUUAUGCCUUCUUUUAAGAAUUCGAAGAAUAAAUGGCGUAUUAUCAAGCCUUCCGAUAUGCAACGAAAAAUAAAUAAAAAGAAAAAGCCAUCCCUGGACAAUACAUCAGAACUUUACACAGCAAAUUUAUUGCAAGACUCACCUAUGUCGCCAAUUAACGCUCAAGAAAACUUUAUAUUUUCAUAUACAGAUUUAAGUUAUACUGAUCAGUUUGAAGAACUUUUUACAUAUACAGAUUUAAGUCAUGCUGAUCAAUUUGAAGAACUUUUUACAUAUAUAUAUAAUUUACCGGAAACUAUGCUACACGUAUUAAAUCAAAAUCCAAUGUAUCCGGAACUUCCUAUGAUACAUUUUUAUGAACAUUUUACUGAUAAUACAGAAGUCGAGUUUCAAAGCAUUUCAACUAAUUUUCAAGAAACAGAGUACUUUAUGAAUCAUAUAGUUCUCUAA